CAGAAAACUCUCAGCAGAGGAAAUAGAGCGAAAACGGCAAGAGAUGAUGGAAAACGCCAAGUGGCGGGAGGAAGAGAGACUGAACAUCCUCAGGAGGCAUGCUAAGGACGAAGAACGGGAGCAGAGGCUGGAGAAGCUGGACUCCCGGGACGGGAAGUUUAUCCACCGCAUGAAGCUAGAGAGCGCAUCUACUUCCUCCCUGGAGGAUCGGGUGAAGCGGAAUAUCUACUCUCUACAGAGAACCUCGGUAGCUCUGGAGAAGAACUUUACGAAAAGAUGAAAACUGCCCUCUCUCUUACUGGUUUUCCUGAGUUUUCCAGGAAGGCUGCUGACCCCUUAAAAAUUCUCUUUAUAAGAGUUCAAAUGACUUCUUCCACAGAUGUCAAAUGACCACUGUUCAAAGUGACCCUCUUCCACCAAUUCCUGAAACAGCUCACUUCCUUGGAGAACAAGUGUGACUUGUUUUUUGGGUCCCUUAGUAACUUUUGCUAGGUGCAGAGUGGGUUUUGUCUGUGUUUUUUAAUCAGGGGGCACUGGACGAUGCUGGUGUGAGUACUCAGCCUGCUCUGGAAGGCUGCUUGCUCCCUGGGCUUACGAUAGGAUGCCACCUUUCCUCCCACCUAUGUGAACAGACCUAUUCCACUGCUUCAGUGUAGACCAGACCUUUCAGAAACCUCUCCCUUCAGAGUCACUCAGAUAGAUUGUGCUUACUGGGACAAAUGAACAUUUACUUGAUUUAGUAGAUAAUGUGACAGAAUGAAGUUAGGGCAGAGCCAAGGGAGUGACAAAGAAUCUGGAAGAGAAAACAAUACAAAAAGCCCUAAAUGAACUGUUAACUAUUUUGUCUUUAGAACUAUAAAAGCAUAGUGUGUAUAUGUACAAAUGUAUAAUUUUUACAUGCUUUUUUUAAAGUUAGCUUUGUGAGAAUAUCUUGUUUGGUCAGUGACUUUACUGUGUAAUAGAACCCUAUCAAACUUUGUUAUUGAGUAAUAAAAUAAGUCAGGUGAACUCAUUUUUCUCUCUGAAUCCAGUGGGUGUAGGAGGAACCUGGGUUUACUGAUAGGGUCUGGGGUAGCUAUCCUCCUCCACUGCUGUCUCCAGUGUAGGCAGUGCAGUUGUGUAGUCAAAUAAUUUCAGCAAUCAGGAUCAAAUUGCCAAUAUGCUCCUUGGCUCCUAAAAGAAAAUAAAAUGGAAGCUGUUUA